CUUUGGUUCAGCUGGCUGUCACCGUAGAGGAAGUGGGUUGUUUUGGUUUAGUGUAAACCGGCUCUGUACUGUGUAGUAAAGACGGUGGCAGAAUGUUUAGUGGUACAUAAAACCAAAUGAAAUGUGUAUAAAAGACGCUUAAUUCUUUUUGGCCACCUGCCGUCGUAUUCUUUUAGUGACUGCUCCUUUUGGAAAAAUGUCGGAAACCAACCCAGGGAACCCGGUAGCGGAAGAAGAUGUACAGGAGCUUAGAGCCAGAAUGAAACUAAUUGCUGAUGCGGACCCAUCUCAGUACCAUAAUUCCUUUUCACUGAUGAGAUAUCUUCGAGCUUUCAAAACUGUAGACGCAGCCUUUCAGGCAAUUCUGAAAACCAACAAAUGGCGUAAGGAGUACGGUGUCGAAUUGUUAAACGAAAAAAAUCCAAUUAUCCAGAAGCAUGUGGAAGGGAAGAAAGCAAGAGUGCUGCGUCACAGAGAUGUCAGUGGGAGGCCGAUUAUUUAUAUUCCAGCAAAAAACCACAAUGUUAAUGACAGGGACAUUGAAGAGCUGACAAAGUUUAUUGUUUUCUGCCUGGAAGACGCAUGCAAGAGGUGCUUUGAGGAGGUGAUAGACAACUUGUGCAUAAUAUUUGACUUGAAGGACUUUGGAAUAACGUGCAUGGACUACCAGCUCAUCAAGAACCUCAUAUGGCUUCUGAGCAAGCACUACCCUGAACGGCUGGGCAUUUGCUUGAUCCUGAAUGCACCAGCAGUCUUCUCCACCUGCUGGCCAGUCAUUAGGGGAUGGUUGGAUGAGAACACUUCCAGAAAAGUUAAGUUUGUGGAUGAUAUAAAUGACUUAUCAACAUAUCUUAUACCUGAUGUUAUACCUGAAAAUAUGUAGAAUGAGCAAGUAUCACUUUCACAUAAAUGUCGAUUUCAUUGUUAUAGAAGUGCAUGGCAGCACCAGCCAUUCAUAAAAUUAUUUGAGCUCUAAUCAAAAUCAGAUCAUUUCAAAAUAUUUUAAUGCUUACUCAUGUGAAUUUAUUUAAAGUACUGGCAGUUUGUCUCUCUUGCCCAUAUAUUGUGUUACAGUCUUCAUCACCAAACUGUGUAACGGUAAAGCCAAUUUUUGUAAUGUGUAGAUACCCAGGACUUCAGGACAAAUAAGAACAUUUUAUAGUAAAACAUGAAUUCAGCAUUUAAGCAUUUCAUCAUUAUUGCUAUGCAUUAAUCCUAUAUAUCUUCAUGAGGAGCAAAAUAAAAGAAGUGUAAUAACUUUUAUUGUUUUGUGUAAAAAUUUCAGCUAACAUUGGAGAGUUGGUGAAGGCUU